AUGACCCAGUACAACUGGUCCACGGAGUCUACUUUCCAGAGCAUGUCAAGCACGUCUCUCAAUGCCAGCGAAACAGCAGAGAAGUGGGACGAGGGGACACUAAUAGGCCUAAAGGUUUCACUUGCCGCCAUUUUGGCUGUGAUCACUCUGGCGACAAUGCUUUUCAAUAUGUUUGUAAUCAUCACAAUCAUUCUGACCAGAAAACUCCACACCCCUGCAAAUUACCUCAUUGGCUCCUUGGCCGCCACGGACCUCUUAGUAUCUAUCCUUGUCAUGCCGGUCAGCAUUGCUUACACUGUCAGCCACAUAUGGACUUUUGGCCAAAUCAUGUGUGACAUCUGGUUGUCCUCAGACAUCACCUGCUGUACGGCCUCCAUCCUGCACCUUUGUGUUAUUGCCUUGGACCGGUACUGGGCCAUCACAGACGCUCUCGAAUACACCAAGCGCCGGACUGCCAGCAGAGCCGCCCUCAUGAUCGCGGUUGUUUGGGUUAUCUCCAUUUGCAUCUCCAUGCCACCUCUUUUCUGGAGGCAAGCCAAAGCCCAAGAAGAAAUGGUGCACUGCGCAGUAAAUACAGAUCAGAUCUCCUACACCAUCUAUUCCACCUGCGGCGCCUUCUAUAUCCCAACGAUGUUACUCAUUAUCCUAUACGGCAGGAUUUAUGUGGCCGCUCGAUCCCGGAUACUUAAGCCACCAUCGCUCUAUGGGAAGCGGUUCACCACGGCCCACCUGAUCACUGGCUCAGCAGGCUCUUCCCUCUGCUCCAUCAGCUCAAAUCUUCAUGAAGGGCAUUCCCAUUCCAGCAGCUCACCAGUGUUUAUCAACCAUGUGAGGAUCAAAGUUGCCGACAGCGCCCUAGAGAGAAAACGGAUUUCGGCUGCCCGUGAAAGGAAAGCCACAAAAACCCUGGGGAUUAUUUUAGGGGCAUUCAUUUUCUGCUGGCUCCCGUUCUUUGUGGUGUCUUUGGUCCUGCCUAUCUGUCGGGAUGCCUGCUGGUCCCAUCCCAUUCUGCUUGACAUUUUCACAUGGUUAGGCUACCUGAACUCACUAAUCAAUCCUGUUAUAUAUACUGCUUUUAAUGAAGACUUCAAACAGGCUUUUCAGAAAAUGAUUCAAUUUAAAAAGUGCUCUUAG